GGCCCGGCCCUGCCUGCCGUCACCCGGUUCCGGUCCGGUGAGCCGGGUUUGGCCUCCAGUCUGGGCCGCAGCGCAGUCAAACAGGCUGUAAAGCACGCAAACAUCAGCUUCGGACUGACUGAUGUUUCACAAAUCUCCAUUCAAAUUCCUGACAAUUCUACUGAAUCCCAGGCCAUCCAGGUUCACCUUCAUAUCAGCUGCAGGAGCUUCUUGUGGUAAAUUCUGGUUUGAGAAGCUUUAAAUACAAAACAGCUUCAACUUCUAAAAUGUGUGACGGAUCAGUAGCCCUCCGUGUGGGAGCGAGCAGACGGACCUGGUUCAGAAAGAUCCGCAUUUUGUAGGAUGAGUGCUUGUUGGUGUUCUCGGUGUAGGCCGAAAUGAGUGGGUCGGUGUAGGCCUACCGCUUUCUGAAACAUACAUUUUUACGGAUUGGAAGGUUUACCAACGAGUUACAGCGCGUUAUAACAUUAUUCUAUAUUAUCACGCAGCUCGGUGAGACGGCCCCAGCGCACCGGGCAGAGCGGGGGAAACGGGUGUGGUAGGUGGGGAUUUUAUUUAAAUUAGGGUUUGCUGCUGUGCUUGGUGUACGCCGAAGUAAAGAAGAAAUCGUGUCUUUUUGUUUAAAUGUCUGAUGUUGAAGUAUUUUCAGAUUCUUCUUCUUAUUAAAUAGCAAACACAUUCUGCAGUGCGAGUUUGAACGGAAUCUGGUGUGACGAUCCUUCCAGCGCAGGACAGAACAGGAGGAACAAGUUUAAACAGAAAAAGAAGAGCUGUCUGGUGUGGGCUACUGAAGAUCGUCUGAGCACCUUCGGGUUUAAGCUUUAAUAGAGACCUGCAUUAACUAGUGAGGAAAUAACCGUAAAAACGGUCAUUUUUUUAACGGAGUCUGGCUUCCUCCGCGUAGGAGAGCGCGGAUUCAGCUGAUGGCCACUGACGGCGGCUGGCUGUGGGAUCUGCUCCCUGCCAUCACAGCACCUCAGCUGGGAUAAGGUUAUUCUGUUCAACAGCUGGUCCUCACCAGACAGAUUUCACUGAAAUAAUCGCAGCUCGGAGGAGCCGAAGAGAAGAAUGGACGAUGUUGGUUCGUGAAGUAUUUUACUUUGAAUCUCUGACUAAUUGCUUCAUUUGGAGGUGAGCGAAGAUUUUUUUUAUACUAAUAGAUUUUUGAACGGAGUCUGGCGUGACGGCCCCUCCGCCCCGGACAGAUCGAGCAGGGAUCUCCUUGGAAACGGUUAGUGACAGUCCCCCCCCCCUCCUCCUCCUCCUCCUCCUCCUCUCAUCAGGGAUGGUUGGUACCGAGAUCCGCCGCCUGCUCUCCCACUAACAACCAGCAGCAAACUGGGACAUUUCCAGUGAGCAGAUGUUCUCCAGCAGGAUGACUCUGAACCAGUCCAGCCUGCUGUACGGACAGCUGGAGGAUCUGCAGGAACUCGCCUUCAUCGAGAGGCCGAUCCGCAGGAGCCUCAAGACAGCGGAGGAGAUCGAUCAGCUGACUGUGGAUGAAGACCUGAACGACAUCGAGAGAGCUGUCUACCUGCUCAGUAUGGGUCAGGAGGUACAGAGAGCGAGUGUCAUCAGUAACCUGCCGAGCCUCGUCCGCCAGAAUCCAGCUGAGACGUUUCGUCGGGUCGUACCAAAGGUCCGGGAAGUCCUGAACGGAGCCGGAGCAGAAAUACAGCUGGCAGCAGCAGCGUCGUUUUUAACCAUCCUGCAGGACGACAUAAUCCUGAUCCACACCCACACCUACUCCAUCCUGAAGACUGUCCUGCUGCACCUGAACCACCGAGACACAAUGGUGAGCAACGCCUGGUUGGAGACUCUGCUGUCGGCCAUCAACGCUCUACCCAAGGAGACCAUCAAACAGGAGGUGCUGAACCCUCUCCUCUAUCAGUCUCAGCUGUCUCACUCUCUCCAAGCUCGUCUGGCCAGCUGUCGCAUUUUAGGGAAAGUCGCCUGCAAGUUUGAUUCUCACAUAAUGAAGAAGGAGCUGCUGCCGUUGGUUCGUUCUUUAUGUCAGGACGUAGAGUUCGAGGUCCGAGCCUCUAUGUGCCGUCAGCUGGAGAGCAUCGCCAGAGCGACCGGGAUGGACGACACCAGGGCAGAACUGCUUCCUGAACUGGUGGAGCUCGCUGACGAUGAGGAGAGCAGCGUCCGUCUUGCUGCCUUCGACACCCUAAUCAACCUGAUGGAGAUGAUGGACAGCGACGACAGACUCCAUGUCGUGGUUCCCCUGGUGAUGUCAGUGUGCGAGGUGUCGUCACAGGCAGACGAAGCUGUCGUGGCAUCUUUGUCGUUCCAGUUUGGGAAGCUCUGCAGCGGACUGGCAGGCUGUCUGUCAGAUGAGCAGAAGGGCCGAUUGCUGCAGAGGUUUAAAGUGCUGUGUGUCGCUGGUCUGCAGACAGAAGGAAACCAGACUGAUGGCAAUAACGAGUCAACGCUGAUCCGCUGCAAUUGCUGCUACAACCUGCCGGCCAUGGUGGUGUUUGCUGACUCGACUCACUUCCUGUCAGAGCUCUACCCGUCUUUCUCCAGUCUUUGUUGUGACCCAGAGGUCAGCGUUCGACGAAGUGCUUCAGCCAGUUUCCACCAGGUGGUGAAGCUGCUCGGUUCAAAUGUCCAGCUGGUCCACAAAGAGCUCCUGUCUCUGCUGCAGGAUGACGCUCUGGAGGUGUUGGACGCUCUAAUGAAUCACCUGGAAGAAACUUUGGAGGCGGUUCUUUCUAGAGGAGAGAACCUGGCGCUGGACAACAAGUUCCCGGAGCUGCUAUCGGCUCUGCUGUUAGCGGAGCAGAAGGUUGGAUGUUCUCUGCGUUGGCGGCUGCAUGAGAAGCUGCUGCAGCGUUACAGCUGCCUGGCUAGACUGCUGCCUGGAGAACUGCUGCACCAGAGCUUCUCCCCUCGUAUCUUCAUCAUCCUCACCACCAACAAGGUGUUGCCAGUUCAGAAGGAGGCGGCUCGGACGUUCUGCACCUUCCUGCGUUACAACCGCAAACAGGAGCAGCGUCAGGAGAUGAUGGAGCGACUGAUCCAAGAUCUGGCUCAGGGGCGGAGCUACUGGAACCGUCUGAGGUUCCUUGAUGUUUGUGAAAUGGCCACUGAGAUUUUCUCCAGAAAAUACUUCAACAAACACUUCCUGAUCCCAGCGCUGGAACUGGUCCACGACCCUGUUGCCAACGUCAGGUACAAGCUGUGCCAGUUGUUGCCCAGACUGCGUUCGUCACUCCGCCUGCCAGCUGACAAACAACUGCUGCAGCAGCUCGAUUUCUGCGUCCAGAAACUCCUCUGCAGAGAGAAAGACAAAGACGUGGUGGCCACCAUCCGCAAGACAGUGUUGGAACUGGACAAACUGGACCUCACAGAGCCUUUUCAUAAGAGGCAGGAGAAGGAUUUACUGGACCAGAAGAAGGAAAAGGAGGAGACUCUGCUGCUGGAGAUGGAACAGCUGGAGCGCCAGCAGAGUGAAGGGAAACUGAACUCUGAAAAACAUACAGAGAGAAAACGAAGAGACAGUAAAACCAGUCUAUCUGCUACCAAAUCCAUGUCUGUGUCCUCGUCUGGAGCCGCCUUGUCCUCUUCCAGUAAAGAGAUGAGGAAGGCUAAACUGUCGCGGAGUCGGUCCCUCAGCAGUCAGCCGACAACCUCCAAAGCUGCCAACCCAGACAGACCUCUGAAAGUGAAAGAGCUGAGCAGUACGUCUGGACCCGGGAAGUCCUCCAUGUUAUCGAGCAAAGACGACUCCUUGAGGACUGCCCACUUCACUAUGGCAACCCAGUCCACCUCCUCCAUGCCGGUCCUGAUCCGCAGCAACACCACCAGCCUUCUGGACAGGGCCAGUACACUGGACCACAGAACCAGUACUAUGGACCACAGGAUCAGCACCCUCGACCAGAGAGAUCAUAGAACAAGUACACUAGACCACAGAACCAGUAAUAUGGACCACAGGAACAAUAUGAUGGAGCAGAGAACCAGUACAAUGGACCACAGAACCAGUACCGUGGACCAUAGAACCAGUACCGUGGACCAGAGAGACCACAGAGCCAGUACUAUGGACCAGAGAGACCAUAGGACCAGUACCUUGGACCAGAGAGACCAUAGGACCAGUACCUUGGACCAGAGAGACCAUAGGACCAGUACAGUGGACCAGCGCUGUAAAACGAUGGACCGGGGCUGUGGGGUGAAGGACAGCCAGUCCAGAAAGCUGUCGAUAAACAGGAAGUCGAACUCUUUCAGCGUCCAGUCAGGGCGAGACUGAAGACGAUGAUGUCAUCAUACCUCCACCAGGCCAUCAGCCAAUCAGCAGUCGGGGAGCGGUUUUCAUUCAAACAGCAGCUUCACGAGUUAAAGAACGAAUAAAGUUAAAGGAUGAAUAAACGCUUCAGAACAUUACCCAGAAUGCAACAGGACAUCAUCUCUUCCUUCCAGUCACUAACAAAGAGAGACAGUAGAGUCUGACUUCUAUUGUAUCUACUGAGCUGCUUUUAUUUUCUGAGCACUGUGUAUUCUAAUGAUCUCAUCCUGUCACCUGAUUGGUUCAGUAAACUGCACACAUACAAA